CCGCGGGUCUCUCGGUCUUUCCCGCCAUGUCGUUUGUGGAGAGCGGUAGGCGCUUGGCCCCACGUCGCCGCGGCUUGGGCACCCCGGCCCCUUUCCCCCGGCCGGUAUAUUCCUCCUUUAGUCAGGGAGACAGUUGGGGUGAAGGCGAAGUCGACGAGGAAGAGGGAUGCGACCAAGUGGCCCGCGACCUGCGGGCGGAAUUCUCGGCUGGGGCGUCGUCGGAGCCCAGAAGGGGCUCGCUUCUCUCUCAGGACGGGGAUGAGUCGCCGGUCCUGCUUGAUAAGCGUAAUGGUAUCUUCCCGGCGGCUGCGGGCAGCCGAGCUCAGGCUCGCCGGUGGCCGGUUCAGGUCCUCUCUGUUUUCUGUUCUCUGCUGUUCGCCAUCCUCCUCGCCAUCCUCCUCGCGAUUACCUACAUGAUCGUUAAAGGCUUUGAUCCACAAAUGGUUAAAGAUGUAAUAUCCACCGAUUCCUCUGUACACCCAGAAAUCCUUAAGGACAAGGAUUACCAUCCCACAGCCCAAGUUUCUACUUUUAUAGAGUUGCAUGCUGAGAAUUUGAAAAAUGAAGAUGUAGACACUGGGCUAUUCGGAUUCUGGACUCUGCUUAUAGUAUCCCUAAUUGCCGGAUUCUCCUGUUGCAGCUUUUCUUGGACAGUGACUUAUUUUGAUUCUUUUGAACCAGGAAUGUUUCCUCCUACUCCUCUUUCAUCUGCCAGGUUCAAGAAACUAACUGGACAUUCUUUCCACAUGGGCUAUAGCAUGGCAAUUUUGAAUGGCAUUGUAGCAGCUCUUACUGUAGCAUGGUGCCUCAUGUGAACCCACACACUGGAGCAAUAUUGUUGGAAAAACUUAGUAGUGAUUGUUUUGUAGUAACAGAAAAGGAGAUCACUGCCUACUCAGAAGACCAAGAAAACUGUUGUUCAUUAUGUGGCUCAGAUAUGUGUCAUAAAUAUCAUCAUUAUGGAGGACCUUUAAAAGCAACUUUCUAGAGUCUAGACAUUGGAAAUAUCUGAGUAUUACAUUUCCAGUUCUUAAAAGUAUAAGAUGUUUACCUCAUCUUUUUACUGUGUGUAGUUCUUAUAAGAGAUAGAAAACAUUUUAAUGGAAAACAAACUCAAAAACUUGAAUGCAGGACAAUGACCACCUUUCUGUGUAUAUACUACAUUUUUGCUAGGAAAUACUGAUAUUACUGUUUAGGUGAGAUAGAAAUAUUUCUUAUUUAUACAUUAGGAAAGCAAACAAUGCCUACUCAACAUUUUAUAGAAGCUACUUUUAAAUCAGAAUAUUUAGUUUUUGAUAUUUGAAUAACAAAUAGAAGGUGCAUUUUAUUUUUAUGGAGCAUGGUUUCUUAUGUGUUUAAAACAUUUUCCUACUGCAUAUUGAAUUUGUAUGUUUUUAAAAUGAUUACAUCUAGACAACUAUAAAUGUUACUUCUUAAUACCUAAUACCUGCCAUUUUUACUGUUUUGUCUUUUUAAAAAAGCAAAAAAGCACAUUGACCUAAGUUUAAAAUUAAGCAAAUUAAUUAUUAACAAAAAAAUGACUGAAAAGUAAAUUAAGUCAUUAAAAUAUUGAGAAAUUUGAAGCUGUUCACUAUUUAUAUUUACACAAUUCUAAAUAUUUAUCUUGGUGUAUAUAUGGUCACUUCAAAUGAACUUAUUAUUUUGUUUUUAAUAAAUACAAACCUGAAAUUUUUGUAUGUA